GAUCACAGUUAGCGGCGGGUCUUGUUCUCUUCUCAUUCGACUAUUGGUUCUUAUCCCCUCAGGUUACCGGCAAUGAUCACCACCCAUGGGACAAGGUUGCCCACCAAGUUCUACCAGGAGGAUAUCGUGCGCCGCAUCGACUCGCCGAAUGUAUAUGGAAUUGUACUCAGAUGCUGGCAUGAUGCUGAGGACAUUCCACCACUCCCAAGUCCAUUCAUGGACCCCUUAAUGAGGUCCCUCGAUCGUGGCGAGAUCGGCGUCUCAUUCUUCCCAGGUGGUGUUCGUGACAUCGUCCCGGAAUCUGACUAUGAGCUCGUAGAUAGGACAUUUCAGUCAGGGGAUUAUUGCAAGCGUAGCGUCGAUGACGUUCGUUCUGGUGUGGUUACUAGCAUUGAGGCACAGGCACGGCUUGUGCACGCAAUCAGCGGAGAGAAAGUACAAGAUUGGAGAGAUGUGAAGGAGGUCAGACGUGCUACCGACGUUGAUGGUGGAGACUAUGUGAUCUACGAUGACUGGAUUGGACAGGUCAUAGAGUUAUUUGACGAACUUCUCGUCUCUGCAUCUGGCACCUUCGUGCGCUUGCCUGAAAUUAGCUCUCGUCUGACCAUCGGGGACAAGGGUCCGGACAUUCUUCCGAACCCCGAGACACUCCACGGGACGGUGAUUUAUCCUCUAGGAGCCCCGCUACCUAGCCCGGAUGAUACUGUCAUAGAUAUGAAGCGCACAAUACUAGCCAUAUGCUGGCUAGCGGUAAAUCAAAGCUUGGAUCCUAGUAUCGCCCAACUCAAACAACGACCAAAACGUUUCUGGUCAGGAGAAGAUAUGACUAAAUUGACGGUCAUUCGGAUGCGUUUGGAUGAUAUACGUGUAGGGGACAAAGUGUUAUUGGAGAAGGAUGUGGGUAUUCCUGUCAAAAAAUAUGGUGCCGAGUCAGGACCACAAGGCGCACUGACGAUUAAGACCCUGUGCGUGACGGAGACGAAAACGGUUGUCAAUGUUCUUUGGCAAGAUGGGUCCCAGGAGAGCCUCCCUUCUACGGAGCUUAUUCCGUAUCUCAAUCCGGAUGAAUAUGAUUGUUGGCCAGGCGACCACGUUUUAUGGAAAUUUGAGCAUGAAGAGCAUCCAGCCAUCGUCCAAUCGGUCAAUUCUACUGAUCGAGUCGCCAUCAUUUGUCUCACAAAUACUGGAAAGACUGAAGCUGUUUCUGUUCUUGAGCUUGACCCCAACGGCGCCAGCGAUUGGGCAGCAGGCACUCCGCAUACCCAUCUCGGCAUGCGUCGUGGUGACAAGGUAUUUGUCCACCGUGAGGGCACCUCAAAUGGCUUUGAAUCCCCCCGAGUUCCGAGGAUCGGCGAGAUCGAAGAGUGGGUGAGAGAGGUGCCAGUUAGGCCUGACGGCGAAUUCAGUGGUUGGAGGCGGACGAUGGCGGAUUUGGGGACGAAAAUAGCCUCGGAACGGAAAGAGAGGCCCAGUGUUUACCGUGUCAAGCAUCCAACGAAGGACGAUGCAUCUUUUUCAUGGUUUGGAGAGGUCACUGGGCUACGUCUUGACGGAACAGUCGAUGUCACCCAUCCAAAUGGAUCUAUGGCCAUCUACCCUCUCUCACGGCUGACAAAACUCUAUGACAGCCUUGAACAAUUUGAAGAUGAUGGCUGGGAGGGUGAAGAAGACGGGUCUGAUCACGGCUCUCAUGUUGAGAACACCGAUGGUGUAUGGCAUCUGGAUUCGGGUGGCAUGUGGCGCUACGACCCUGACGAUUCAGAAUGGGAAGACGAAGAGGAUGACAAUGAGGAUGGUCAUGAAAUGGACGUGGAUACCUGGGCUGACGAUAUUGAUAUUCCACUGAGCAACAGCAUGCCAGGUUCUCUGAUACCACGCGAUGUGACACCAGACGUGGCUGAUUCGGCAUCACCACUCCCAGUCUCGCCGUCCAACACAUCACCAGAUGCUACCCAAGAGAUAAAUGUUCAGGAAGAUGAGGAUGGUAAUGCAGAUUCUCCAUGGAAGAAGUUCGAGGUUCUCCCGAGUGCACCCCAUGACCACGCAUUUUACUCGUCGGUGUCAAAUCAGCCAUCGAAGAAUUUCCUCGCACGUUUGACAAAAGAGUACCGUGCGCUCUCAACGAGCCUACCAGAGUCAAUUCUCGUCCGUGCGUACGAGGACCGCACAGAUUUGUUGAGAUGCCUCAUUAUUGGGCCGGAGAAUACACCCUAUGAGGAUGCACCCUUUGUAAUUGAUUGGAUGCUUGACUCAAACUUCCCUCAAAGCCCACCGAUCGCUCACUUCUGGAGCUGGACCAACGGCAAUGGUCGCGUUAAUCCGAACUUGUACGAAGAGGGCAAAGUUUGUUUGUCCAUCCUCGGGACGUGGAGUGGAGAUCGCACGGAAACGUGGAGCGCGGCAAGAUCUUCACUUCUCCAGGCCCUUGUGUCGAUACAGGGCCUGGUGUUGGUGAAAGAGCCGUGGUUCUGUGAACCUGCGUACGAGAAAUUGAGAGGUACUGAGGAAGGCACGGUUAACAGUCGACUUUACAGUGAGAAGGCAUAUGUCCUGUCCCGUGGAUUCGUUCGCCGCGCCUUGGAGAUUCCUCUCGGUGGGUUAGAAGCAGAGAUCAACUGGCUGUACAAUACCCAUGGCAGACUAGCCAAGGUCCUGCACGAAUCACGAGCGCUGAUCCAGAAGAGCCAGUCGGAGCCAGAAAAUACGGAGGCAGAUCAGAAUCUCGCGGUGCCCCGCCUGACCGCGGGUGGUAUCAUCAUGCUAGAACGAACGUUAACUAAAUUGCAGACGCUUCUUGACCAGAUGUAGGAUUUUAUCUCUUUAGUGUUUUCUACCUGUCUUAUCACGUAUUGGAUAUUCGAACAUGACA